GUAGAUCACAUUGGACCCAGUAUUCCAUAUGUCAAAAAAACAAUCAUGGCGGAUUACCGAGAGGCGCCCUUGGCCACUCGGCCAAAAACAUUGGAUCCAGAUGAAUAUUUCAACCUCUCGCCGGAGCAGAGACGUGCCGAAGAAGACAGGGCAGCAGUACGAGCGAAUCUGAAAAGGCAGUAUCAGACGCAACUCAAUAAUCCGCACAGAAAAGAGCUCAUUGAAGACCCUGCACUGACACGCUGGGUGUAUGCACGUGCCAACCCCUACUUAUACUUCAAGCCCACAUACAAGACAUCUCUGUUGGGUACAAUGUUUGGAGUUGUGCCACUCUUCGCCCUCUACUACAUCUUCAAGACAGACAGGGAUCAGAAGGAGGAGCAGAUUAAGGCUGGAACCCUCGAACGCAAGUUUAGUUUGUCAUCAUGAGCUCCGAUGUAUAAAGACCUCCUGUAUGUUCUAGUGAUGAUGUCAGUGCAUAUAAUUAUUAUUAAACAAUUAAAAUUAUAUUGUCGAAAACAAUUGUGUGGCUUCGAUUGCUGAGGCAAAAGUGUGAUGGAUAGGAAAAAUGAGCAUGAGCCUGUGAAUGUGCUCACAAUUUGUGUCCACAGACGAGGGUAAUGCACACACAUAGUAUUAGAGCAGCAUAUUAGUAGACAGUGUGACAAGGUUAUUGCUGAUACUAAGAUCACAAGCUAAAAUCAUUGUCACAUCAAUGAAAAAUAUGCACAGGGAAAGUAAAGAUACAUUUGUGUUCAUCGUCAGUAACCAAUGAGGUUCCCUUUAGCUCAAGAACAACCAUUGUGGCUACUAAUUACAAUUAAGGAAUAAUGAUAAAUUUAGUUGAACAGUCCCACAAGUAGAGAAAAGUAAUCAAGGCAGUGAAAUGACUCAUUGAUGUCUGCUCUACAGGAAUGUACAGUAUACAACAAAACGGAGUACACUCCUGGUCAAUGUCACUAAAAUGCUAAGUAACUACAAAUCCUGUCAAUUUAAUGCAGUUGUAUUUGGUUUUAGCCUAAACUCAAGAAAAAUGAAGCUAAGUAAUUCAAGAAACAGAAAUGUUUGACUAAUUUAUGAAAAGUCCAUAUUAAAGAACCAUUUGCAACAAGUCAGUACACCCUUCUUUAGUGAAUUGGUUUUUUUUUGGGGGGGGGGGGGGUUGUUUUAUUUCUUUUAAAUAUUUUGUACAUUCAUAUUUAUUUUUGAUGACAGAUUUGGUCCUCCUUGGCAUGGAUGAUACCAGUUUUGCACAAAUCUGUGGAGAGAUGCCAUUCUUCAUAUAUGAUUCUAUUCAGCUGCUCUUUGCUGGUGGGGUUUUGUUGCUCUACUGUCUGCUUUGAAAUAUUCAAGGUGUUCUGUUGGAUUCAAGUCAGGGGACUUACAGUAGAUGGCCAGGUCAUAGGCUCCCCUUUUUUCUUCUUUAAAAACUCGUGUGAUUUUUGAAGUGUGUUGGGAUCAUUGUCAUGUUGGAAAAUUCCUCUCCUGUCAAGCUUCUUGAGACUGGGAGUCAUCUUUUCAUUCAGUAUUUGGGUAUACAAAGUUGCAUUCAUAAUGCCAUCUAUAAAUGUCAUCUCCUUGAAAUCCGUCUGCAUUCAUGCAGCCCCAUAUCAGCACACGCCCACCUCCAUGCUUAAAAUGGUUGUAGUCUUCGCCAGUCUUCUUUGUUGCAUUGAGGUUGUACUUUAGGUCCCAUGUUUUCAAUGUACGCUAUCUAACCUGUUUGUUUUGAAUUAUACAUGAGAUCAAACACGCUGCACUUAACCUUAAAAAUGAUACAAUUAUUGUGAAAACAUGUCAUUUUGACGCAGUUAACAUUUUAGUGAUAUUGCACAGGGGUGUACUCAGUUUUGUUGUAUACUGUAUUUGCUAAUAUUAGCCACCAUAAGCUACUGGUCAUACCAGACCUCUGUAUCAGAAAAACCUGUGUAUUAAACUAAGAAUGGCUGUCUUUAA